AUGGCUACACAAAAGGCAAUCGUACUUCAAGGAGAGCCCGGCAAAGCUAAAUUGGUGACCGAUCGACCGCGGCCGAGACACAGGCCUGGAUAUCUACUUGUCGAUGUCAAGGCUGUAGCUCUCAACCCUACCGAUUUCAAACACAUCGAUUAUCGCAAUACGAAGAAUGCCUUAAGCGGAUGCGACUAUGCUGGCGUGGUCAAGGAGACUGGUGAGGGCUACACCAAGGACUGGAAAGUCGGUGAUAGACUUGCUGGAUUCUGCCACGGAGGUAAUGAAUUGGAACAUGAGGAUGGGGCGUUCUCAGAAGUCAUCGCGGUCAAAGCCGAUAUCGCCUAUAAGAUCCCCAAUGACCUCUCCUUUGAGGAUGCUUCGACACUCGGGGUCGCACUCGUUACUGUUGGUCAGGGGUUGUUUCAGCAGAUGAAGCUCAACUGGCCAACCAAUCCAUCAACCAGUGGGGAUUUCUUGUUGAUCUAUGGUGGCUCUUCGGCAAUGGGGACCAUGGGGAUACAGUUUGGGAAACUCGCUGGAUACCGUGUCAUUGCCACGGCAUCGAAGCAUAACUUUGAUCUUGUCAAGUCGCUUGGAGCCGAGGCGGCUUUCGACUACAAGGAUUCCGAUGUCGUUGACCAGAUCAAGAAGUAUACCAAUGGCACCCUUAAAUAUGUCUGGGACACAAUCGCGUUGCCACCUACAGCUGAGAUAUGCGCGGGGGCGAUAUCUCCAGGAGGUACGUAUGGAUCGAUUCUCCAGGUGGAAUUUCCUCGAGAUGAUGUGAAAACCACAUUUUCACUCGGCUAUACGGCGGUCGGAGAGCCUGUGAAGAAGUGGAGUUUUGAUUACCCAGACACAACAGCAGACUUUGAGUGGAUGAAGAAGUUUGUCAAGGAGGUGACUGAUCCUCUUUUGGCGGAGGGUCGCUUAAAGGUUCAUCCACCAUUGGUCAAUCAUGGGCUUGAGAAUGUGUUUGAAGGACUUGAUCUUCUGAGGCAUGAUAAAGUUAGUGGGAAGAAGUUGGUCUACACGCUGUGA